AUGUCGUUGUUGGACUUGGGUGCUUUGCCUAUACAAGAUGUUGAAUCACAAUCUCUACCUCCAGUGUCUCGUCUACCAACGGAGCUGUUGAUCGACAUUUUUCGAUAUCACAUUCCUGGACCCUGGACCCUUGUUCCACGCAAGGGCCUGCCUCCAACGUGGAUCGCCAUAUCACACGUAUGCCGCCGUUGGAGAGAAAUUGCGAUAGGUUACCCACACCUGUGGGCGAACAUCAUACUCUCCAACAGAGCAUGGACCACAGCCAUGCUGGAGCGCUCCAAACCGCUUCCCAUCGUCAUCAGUGCUGCGUUUGAGGGUCGUCCUCUCCGAGCUGCGCUGCUCGAUGCGCUCAGCCAGGUGUCGCGUGCGCGCGAGCUCGUGCUUGAAGUGACAAUGCUGCGUCAUUUGCUCGAGUCUUUCAAGGACCGGCCGGCGCCGAGUCUCGAAUCUUUGCGUCUCGUGCAGAGCGUUAGCAUGUUGCCUUGCGUGCUGCCCGACAAUGUUUUUGGAGGGCAUACGCCCGUACUGCAGGAGCUGGAAUUGGAUCGCGUCACGAUUCAGUGGUCGUCUUCUCUUUUACGUCCUGGGCUCACGCAUCUAGAAAUCCGGAAUCCACACAGAGAUUUCUUGCCGAGUACGACUCAAAUGCUCGACGUCCUUGCAACUAUGCCGCAUCUCGACACGCUCAUCCUUUCGAAUACCCUCCCUCCCUGUCAUAUCUCUCAGCACUUCGAUAUCACGAAUCCCAGCCGUAACUUACCACUGCCUUCCAUCACAAAACUGCACCUCGUUGGCACACCGGGAGAAUGCUCACAGUUUCUGAACCACGUCAUGAUACCUGCCGACGCAGACCUCGUCUUCGAAUGUAUCCAUUCCCCUUCCACUCAGGACCUCACGCUCGUUAUAGACUUGAUCGAGAAUGCCAUCACCCGUCACAUGAUGAUGCAGCGACAAGGGGAAAUUCGAACGCGUCCAGGCGCCAUCGAAAGUAUGUCCAUUGGAUUUUCACAUAACAGAAAGGCAUGGCUGGUCGCCGGACCUGCGCACCCACCAUCCACCUUCUUUCCCUCUGACAAGCGGACAGCGCGUAUAGUUCUGUCCCUCCAAUGGAACGUGGAGUAUCUUCCGGUCACAGAGACUGAGACGCUCUUCUCGCGCUUGUGCACCCUCCCGUCGUUCGCAAACGUGGAGUCCCUGCGCGUGCAAGGCUUCAUGUUCACCGCGGCUGAAAAUUGGAGGGUGGCGCUGGCGAACAUGAAGAGCGUGUCGCAGCUGCUGGUGUACGGCCACGCUGCAUAUGGCUUCGGUCGCGUGUUCAACCCUAGCAAUAUGGAGGAUAGCCUGCCAGUAGACCCAGAGCGCAGCCCGGACGAUCGUGGCGAGCCUGGGUCUCUAUCUUUGUCUGGCGAAGACCACCGGAGGCCUGCUCCGCUGUUCCCUGCCUUGAAAAGCCUCCGCGUUGAGCAGGUAGACUUUUACGCCUCGACCUUGCCGGCGAAUUUGCGGGAGGGUAUCGCGGCCAGGAACCAGUCGGGGCCGCUCGAGAAACUGGUCGUUCGGGAUUGCGAUAUCUCAGAGUUGGACGUUUCGCAGUUGAGGAAGUCCGGGGUGCGUUCGUUUGAAUGGGAUGGUGUGGACAUUGGCUUGUCCAAUAUUUACCGGACAGAGCAUAGGUACACCAUAGACUUGGAUCGCUAA